GUUUGCCAACAUUAUUGGUAAAGGUCCCACCAGCGUUUAAAAUUACAUAAAAAAUGAAAAGAAGCAAUAGAAUUGGAAAGAACUGUAAAACAAAACAAACAAUGAGAAUUGUCAUGUCUGCAUGAAUAAAAGAGCACCAGUAGGAACAUAAAUAUGCAUGUUGAAUUUUUGUGACAAAAGUGGAUUGUUGACAUUUGUUGUGACAUUUAUGCGAUGUGUGUAAAUAAAAAUAGCUUAAUUUCCCUCUGUAAAAAAUAUCAUCACAGCAAGAGCAUACAUGCAGGUUUGAAUGUGUUUAAAUUCUUUUUAGGAUGCUAUCAAUGGUGAAGGUAAAUACUGGAGAUGUCAAAUGCAUUAGCAGAAUGGCAUCAAGAGCAAAUACAAUAUAAAGAUGUCAAAUACUAGUUAUGCUCAGGCACUUGUAACACAGUACAAACACUGGUUUCAGCUUGGUUUAUUACAUCAUGAAGUUCUGAAAGUCAGUUUACUAGCAGUACUUCACAAUUAUAACAACCUUCCAUCUUACAAAGGUUUGCCAUCUGAUGCUGUCCAGCUGUUUGAUAGACUUAACAAUAAAACAAAUCACAAAAAAAUAAAAAAGCUUCUAAAUAAAGGCAUAAUAAAACAAGAUCAAUUUGAUUUGAUAUACCCAAAAGGGGGUGCUACCGAUUCUACGAAAUUUGACAUAACUCUGAUUGUCGUACUUCUCAGGAACUGUACUAAUCUACCACCUCCUGUGCAGGGAUGGGAUGUAAAAUACCCUUCAGUAAAUGACCAGUCGUUGGCUGCCUUUGUUAUCAGAGCGCGUGAAUGGAGGAAUUUUCAUCAUCAUACUGAUCCUAAAACUAUCACUGAUGUUAAAUUUACUGACAGAUGGCAUGAGGGUGCUAAAAUUGCUGUUGCUCUUGGAUAUACAGGUGAUAUUAAUGCAUUUAUGUUGGUUAGUUUGGAUAGUGAAAGAACAUCCAUUUCAAUGUUGUUAAUUGAACUACUAUGCAAAGAAAUGGUUCCACUAGUUAAUCAUGUUUCCAAUAUUUCAACAAUGAUUUUUAACAACAAAAGACAAACUGAAGCUAAUGCAGUGGCCAUAACGGGCAUAAAAAGAAAACUUGAUGAUCCUGACCGACCAAUCCCUGAUUUCAUUAUUCCUACAAUAGCAUCACUAGAAGAGACUGUAGCUGUUCUGCAAAAUGCUGUUAAUGUGCAGAGCAUGCGCACAGAGGAGCUUAAUGCUAUAUUGUAUUUAGCGUUUACUCGGUUUGAGUAUAUUCAAAAAAAUAUGCACAAAGAAGAAUUAUAUUUGGAAAGCAAUCCAUGCGAUGUUGAUGGUUAUUCUCUACCAGAGGAUUCUUUUAAUCCAAAUGAGACAGCUUUAGAAGAAGAAAUGGAAAUAGCUCAAGGAUUGCUUGAUAAAGACCUGUCGCUACAUGGCACAAAGCGUGUUAACAUUGGGACAUCAAGUGUGCUGACCUACACAAACUCUAUAGCAUAUCAAAAUUUAAAGGAUUUCAAUCCAAGUUUACCAUCUGUCAUUGAAUGCGUAACCAGUGGUAACAAAAUAGUACAGCAAUUACAUUGCUCAGAAUAUGAGAACAUAUGUGAAACAUUUGUAAACGAAUAUUUUUGUUGGAAUGAUGGUGAAGUUAUAAGUGAGAGCAUACAAUUUCCCCCAGAAUAUAUCUUUAACAAUGGUGUUUCUAAAACAGCUGCCUUGUUCAAAAACGCUGGUCUUUGUGUUGCGAUUACGCAUUAUGAUUGUAUGGCACAUCUUUGUUUUCUUGGAUACAAAGCAAGUGACAUUCAUAAAAUGUCUUGUUCACAUUACCAAUGUGACUGCAAGGAUAGGAUUUUAGUAUACAAUUUUCGCUAUAAUGCCAUCAUAAAUGUCAGGUAUACUGAAAAAACUAAAUUGGAUGAUGUGUUAAAGCAGUUGAAGCAAGGUGAUGAAGAGCUUAGAUUAUUUUGCCUUUUGCAUAAAAGUCUUAUCAUGGAUAGCAAUAUAUGUAUAAUCAAUUCUGUUGCUGCACCUAAUCUCAAGGGGAGUGUUGAUGAUGAAAUUGGACGUCUUAUUCUAAGUAAAAAAGCAUUAUCCAGUUCUAAGGAAGUUGAGAAGUGGAUCAAAUCACACAUUCAUUACUGGCCAUCAAGAAAAAAGAUUCCAGAGCAGAAGAAAAAGGAUGUAUUCAUGAAAAUUCUCCAAUCCAUAUUAGGGUUUAUGUCAACUCGUGAAUUGCCUAAUGUCCCACGGCUGCAAGCCGAUGUGCACGAGAAGAUAAAUAUGGUUAUGUUGACUGCAGAGCAAUUGCGGAUUUUGCAUAGUGAGGAAAGUAAAAAGAUUAUUUUGGGUGGCUACGGCAGUGGAAAAACCUUUGUUGGUCAGUAUCACAUUCCUCUCAUUGUCGAAUCCAGUAUUGUUAAAAGUGUGGUGUAUUAUAUUUGUUUCAACGAUGUUCCCUUGUUGAAGCACAACAUCCAAACUUUCAUCGAUUCUUUGCAUAAAGAGAAACAGUGCCUUGUUACAGUUUUCUGCAAAGAUAUAAGUGAUAUGAUGAACGAGUUAAACAUUUUAAACAAACCUAACAUCUCGCACUGUCUGCAAGCUCUUGCAUCAAAACACAAACAUAAAUAUAAUAAAGUACAUGUUAUAUUCGAUGAAGUGGAUUGUGAGUUGUUACACUUUAGUCAAGCAGUCACGAUCAAAUCCAUUAUUCAAAGCAAUGCCAUGUUUAAAGAUUCAUAUAUUGUCAUUCUUUCCAGACCGAUGGAAAAACAUAGAGAGUACUGUUGCACUGGAAGAAGACUUUCUCAUGGAAAGUAUCAAUACUCAGAAACUGGCAUGGCAUGUAUGAAACUAACCAAAUGUAUGAGAACUACCAAAGAGAAUUUUUUUUUUACCCAAAAUAGCAUUAAAGCUAUCGAGAAGGACAAAAUCGUUCUGUAUCACCCUGCGAUUGUACAUAGUUCCUCUGUAGCUGGACUGGAAACAGAUUUUUUCGGAUUUUGUCUAGAUUCACAACCCAGUGAAAAUGAAUCUUUAGCUAUGGAAGAUACUCAGAGUCAGGACAAUGAAUUUCGGUCCCUAUUUCAUAGUGGAAUGGACGGUAAUCCUCUGCUCAACGACCCCGACAAAAUAGACACACUGAGUAAGACUUUAUCACGAGAAGAUUCAGACGAUUCUCCACAUACAGAGACAAAAUUUCAUUAUACUUCAAGUAGUUGUGUUGGUCAUGGGAUUAUUGGGGAAAAGCCGAAGUUAUUGCUUUUAAAAUGUAGCAAAUGUCAAUCAUUUGAUGAUGUUCAACGAGUUAAGCUCUUAGUUAUUGCUUUAGAUAGAAUUUGUUUGGAAAUCAAAGACGACUGCUGUAGACUAAUUAUAUGCAAUUCCUACAACGAAUUUCUGUUGUUUGUCAAAACAUUGACUACAUUGGAAAAGAAUUUUAUUGUGUACAGUCCCUACACUAAUUGGAAAUUUAUUAAUCAAGAUAACUGCGAAUUGCCUUGUCUCCCAGACGGAAACUACAAUCUUAUUACGACUAUACAUGGCUUUCGUGGAAUGGAAGCUGAGCAAGUUGUGGUUUGUAUUAAUCCAAUGGAAGAGCAUAAGAGACAUUUUUUUGUUGAAAGUGUCAGUCGUUGCACUGGUAACCUCUUUCUCCUCAUUCCAUACACGAUUGAGCUGUUUAACAAAGAUUUACGUCCUUCACUUCAGGGUGUUGUGCAGGAACUGCUUAAUUUAAAUUGUGAAAGUCAAGACGAAAACUGUGUGGAUAUUGCUGAGUUUUCUUAUGUUGAAUGUCGCAAUGAAGAAGAAACGGUAACUAAGCGAGAUUUGACACCGAAUAUUGAAUGCUACCAAGUUAAUCCAAAUGGCAUUGAAUUAAAAAACAUGGUUGUGCCAGAGUCAUUGGAUAUCAAUCUGUUGGACGUUGAUGAAUGUAUUCAGGACAAAAGUGUCUUCUUGAGUUUAGAGCCACCUUACGAAAUAUCUGAAAUAUGUUGCGAAAAUGUAUCAGCCAACAGUUGCCGUCUUUUCUGGGACGAGCGUCCAGGGUGCUGGUUCUAUGUCGAAUCAUUUAGGACAGCAGCAGGGAAUUGGAAAAUUGAAAAUGAUGAACUACACCAGUCAGAAAUACUUGUAACAAAUCUUCUUAGUGGUGAUUAUGAAUUUCGAGUAAGAUGCGUUAAUACGAUGGGUACGUCACCACCAACCACAAUAUCGUACAGUCAUUGCACCGAUUUAAAUUAUGCAGUAAUUGCUGGGGAAGCCGAUAAAACUAUCAUAAGCACGCCUGAAAAUACUAUCUCGUAUCCUAUAACGAUGGAAUCGAGUAACGAAGUAGUCGAGGAGGAUAGUGGAGAUGAUUUUUACAGUGUUUGCUCCAACAUAAGUGACGCUAAUAUGGAUGAUAUUUCUAUCACCAGUCCUUUGGACAGUCAAGAUUCUGAUGUUCAAUCGAUGUCAUCUCCUUGGGAACUGCGAAGCUGGCCAUCGAUCUCAAGUCCAGAAUACCAAGAUAGUGAUGAAUUUGAUGACACUCUGAAAGAAGCAGAUUGUACAAUGACACAAAAGUAAAUGGAUUUUGGUGUGAUUAAAUUUCAGAAUUUAGUUUCUUUACUUUUUUUUGUAAGCAACUCCAUUUUUACGUCUGACCUUUGUUGUGAAGUGCGAAUUAUCAGCCUCACAAUUACUAAAAAGUUGCUCAACGUUAUGUUCAAAUUUUACAAGACUUUAGCUUUGCACUGUUAUUAUAUAUUAGCAAAAGGCUUUUCAUACUACAAAAAGAACUGUUUUGUAGGUUGCUUGUUAGAUUAUCCAAAUUUUGAAUUGUUAUAAUUGCUUAACUUUUCAAAAUUUCAGGCUGGCCAGUUGCUGAGCGGUUGCUUACUUUUUGACCCAAAUCUCAGUCUCAGGCCUUAGAACAGGGUGACCACUCCUCCUUAAAUUCCUUAAAUAUCCUUUGAAAAAGAAAAUCUCCUUAAAAGUACUUAAAUAUACUUAAAAAAUUGAAAUUUUAGCUAUUCUCCUUAAUUUCUCCUUAUUUCCUAAUUUUCAUGGAUUGUUGAUUACCAUUGAAAUAAGACAUAUUUCUCUGUUACCUAAAAUCCUAUAUUUUCUGUCUCUCAGGGUAUAAUUUAUAUGUAUAUUUGUAUAAUAUGUAUAAUUUUCUUAUCAUAGAACGUAGUAUGUAGCAUUAAAGAUAGAGAACUAAAAUUGGUUUUCUCCUUAAUUGUCCUUAUAUUGUUUAUUAUUAUUCUCAUUUGCAUAAAAAUAUCCUUAAAAAAUGUCAAUUUGUUUCCUUAACAUCCUUACUUUUGUUCUUAUUUUAUUGGUGGUCACCCUGUAGAAACUCAGUUGCUUAUAAAAAUAUGCUUUAUUUUUUUUUUUUUUUUGUAAAUGUGAACUUUUGUGAGUACUACUUUGUUUAUUGGCGGCAAAAAUAACAUUACAAUAUAGAAUUUAUUCAUCGUAUAUUUCAAUAACGCAAUUAUUUGAGUGUCCCCUUUGUAAAAAUCUUUUUCUAAUAUUAUUAUUGUCUUUUUUUGAUGCUGUACACAUUUUUUACCAUCAACACCAAGUUUUUAUUUUAGUUGCUAAUAGUAGAAUUUUAAUUUUGUCGUCAAAACUGCUAAUAAGUUUUAUCAUAAUAUCAAGCCAGGUUAUUUAAACGGCUUUUGAAUUAUCUUAACUUUCCAAACUUUUGGACAGGCAAGUUGUUUCGCCUCGCCUCUUAGAAUCUCAGUUAUUUAUAAAAUGUGUGUAGCAUUGUUUUUACUAUUUUAUAUACUUUUAACUACAUAAUUCUCUUUAUCUGUAAAUAGUAAGUGUUUUACGUACAAAAUAACUUUAGAAA